GUUCGUUGGGACAAGGCUGAAGUUUAGGGGGCAUUAUAGAAUUAAGUCCAUGGCUGCGGAUCCAAACCCGACCCGAUAAGGGGUCUCUAUUUACGCUUCGUUCUCUUUCCUCUCUUAAACCCUUUUUGUUUCCACCAUGGCUCCCGCUCCCUCGAAGCUCUACUCUGAUGAUGUCAGCCUUGUCGUCGUUCUCCUCGACAUCAACCCCUUCUUUUGGGGCAGCACAAACUCGAUCUCCUUUGCCAAAUUCCUUAACCAUGUAAUACCUUUCUUGAAUUCACUUCUUCUCAUCAACCAAGUCAAUCAAGUAGUUUUAAUUGCCACUGGAGUUAACUCCUGCGGCUAUAUAUAUGAUUCCGAAGGAGGACAACUAGGAUCUGAAGGGGGGAAUGUGGAUGCAAUUUUUUCUGAGGUUCUUCAAAAGUUGGAGGAGUUUGUGGCAGAAGAUCAGAAGAAGAUUGGGAAGGAAGAAGAUAGGGCCAUAGCUGGAAUUGUGCCCUCGUUGCUGUCAGGCUCUCUCUCCCUCGCUCUCUGUUGUAUCCUUUAUAGUGGUUUUCUCAUUUUGAAAUCUUACACAAUGUUGAAAAUGUUAAGAGUUCUUGGAUCCAUCUUUCUUGUUUUGGUCUUGGAUGCUCCUUUAUGUGUCACUAGCUUUACGUCAUGUGCAAAUGCACGUGCAGCAGUGUCAAUGAAAUUUCCAAAAGAGAAAUAGGAUGUAUCACAAUUUGGUGGGAUACUUCUAAAAAAACCGCCCUAAGAAAGCCUUGGGUAAUGUCAAUAAAUGGAGUCUUUUUCAUACUUUUAUCUCAAAUUAAUAUAUUUAAUUACUUUUAACCUAACUAUGUCCAGAUAUUUAAACUCAUGAUAAUAUUUGUAUUAGAACAUAUAGAAAUUGCCAUUUUUGUAUGGUGUUUACUUAUGUCUAAUACACUUUUUUUUGGGAAAAUAAGCUUAUUAUGCCCUAUUUAUAUCUCCUAUAACACACAUUGUGAUAGAUAUUUAAUUUAAGAGCUCUGAUUCUUUGUCAUGUCAUGGUUUAGAAUAUUCUAGAAAAAAAGAAAGAGAAAAGAAAAAAAGGAGAAAAAAAAACUCCUAUAGAAUUAUGAAUUUAUGAUAAUGCCCUUUCCUUCAUCCCUUCAAAAAUUUGACUAUCCCCGCUAUCUCCUUUAUAUAGUAGCAUAACUAAGUUUUUCGUCUUACACUAUUAUAAGUUCUAAUAAACAUGUAAUUGUGGGAUUAGAUAAGGUUUCUUAAAUGUUUUAAUGCUUUUCCUUGGAGUUUCGGUGUUCCCAUUUGGUUUUGGAGCCUCUUCAAAAUCAGGCUCGUUCUUUUGUCCUUAUCGCCCUCUAACUCUUUACAUCUUGGAGUUUGAACACAGUUGUGAAAUUCGCUCAGCAUUAUUUUUUCUGUGGUAUUUUAAAUUAUAUGACAUUAUCAUUCCUAUGAUUUAUCCUCUUGUUUUUGAUACCUUCCACAAUAUUUAGAGUUUUUAUCAUAUCUUCUCGUGUAUCUAUGAAUGCAUAUUUCUUGAGAAGUUUAUUUUUUUAAAAAAUCCUGUUUACUUAUGCCAUUUUUAUUUUCUUUUUCCG